CCUGGGACAUGAGGGGGCGGGGAAGACGAUGUCGCUUACUGAUUUGUACUAAAAACGGAACUGAAUCGCACGCACUCAUCUGCUUGUGGAGCGAGGACCGCUUUUUAUUGCGAAAACGCAAAUUUCAUUGGCUAGCUACCGUAGCGUUAUAUUGGGAAAGAGGACGAGAAGGCAGCGCUAGCUACCAGGGGGCAGGAUGGUCUUGGGCCUUUAUGAGCUAAGCCCCCCCAUACGCAUUUGUUCUUCACUCGCUGGCACUUGACUGGUUUUUAUUAAACUUGCUAGUGGUGAAAAGGAAGGAUGUCUGACGAGGGGAAACUUUUUGUGGGUGGCCUCAGCUUUGACACUAAUGAACAGUCAUUAGAAGAUGUAUUCUCCAAAUAUGGGCAAAUAUCUGAAGUUGUUGUAAUUAAAGACAGAGAAACUCAGAGGUCCAGGGGCUUUGGUUUCGUCACCUUCGAGAACCCAGAUGAGGCCAAGGAUGCUAUGCUGGCCAUGAACGGCAAGUCUCUUGAUGGCAGACAGAUCCGUGUCGACCAGGCUGGCAAAUCUGGCGGUGGUGGCAGGUCCGGAGGCGGAUUCCGAGGGGGCUCUUCAGGCGGCAGAGGAGGUGGAGGAGGAUACUUCCGUGGAGGCAGAGGUGGUGGUGGUGGAAGAGGUGGGCGUGGCUUCUCACGAGGUGGUGGAGAUCGGGGAUAUGGUGGUGGACGUUACGACAACAGAAGUGGAGGCUCAUACGGAUCAGAAAGAGGCUACUACAACAAAGACAGAGCGCAAGGAGGAGGAUAUGGAGAUCGUUCAGGAGGUUCGUACAGAGACAGCUACGAUAGCUAUGGUGACGAGGGUGGCUGGUAGGACAGUGGCGUCCGGAUGCCUGUCGUCUGGGCACGGCCCCUCACCCCGAACCGGCGGCCCCAUCCCGAUGACGGCGGGCCUGGCCUGGUCCUAGCCCAGCGCCUGCUGCUCCGCGACACUUUAAAUCUUCUUCUGAAACCCACCAUGUAGAUAAGAGCAGUCCUGGAUAAGUGCGGGGAGGGCUGGCUUGCACUCCGAGCCACCCACCACCGGUCUGUUCCAAGUUUUUGUUUUUUACUUUCUGAUCCUCCUUAUUUGUUAUUGAAAACCGCAGAGAACGAAAUUUUCAUUUACAGUUUUUGUGGGGAGCUCGAAAGAGCAAGGCUCAUGUGCUGUAGGCCUUUGCCUCACUUUGGGCUGUGCACGGAAGAGGCACAAGCUGAGAGACAGGGAAUGUAUCUUGGAUAGAGAAUGGUAAUGCUGUUGUAGUUUCAAAGCUCUGCUCUGUAACAAGUACGAAAAUGCUUGCACUUAUUUUGGUUGAUUUGAUUGUGACUGCUUUGCCACCCAUUAAUGGUGAUGAGUCUGAAUGAGGGAAAUGUACACAAAGGUCUGAAACCUUCCAUCACUACCAUCAUGUUUGCACUGUUCUACCUGACAGAGGGAGGGAUGGUGGAGACGUUCUCUAGUCCACUGGGCUUGUUAGGAUCGCUGUGGGUUCCGGUAAAUGAAGAGGGCCUGCUCAAUUGUUUUCUAGAUCACUGAUCUGUUGUUUGACUGACCUAUCUAUGGCAGGUUCUUGUCUAAUUUAUUUUGGUUUCUACUGAGAACGGUUUUUAUUUUAUUAGUUGCACAUUUUGAAUAAGGAGCUGUCACAUGACAGUUGAGUACACAGCGGUGAAUUAAUGUGAAGCGGGCCAGUGCUUGAAGGUAACUACUACUUAUGAGCUCUUUUCAACAAACCUACUUUUUAUGAGGGUACAAAUGGAGUGAUUUCACAACUGUUCUCGUCAUAGCAUCAGAUUGGUUUUGUAUUUGAUUUUUUUUUAAGCAUUCUGUAUCUUCAUGGUUGUAUUUUUCCUAAAUAAAAAAAACUUUGCAAA